GGGUUGUGCCGAAUGGAAUGUAGUCGUGGGUCUGUGGUGCAAGUAGGCUACAAGGAGAACCGCGGCAUAGCCGGGCGUGUCGCGGCCCAUGGGAACAGUGGGUCUGUUGCGGAUGAGGAGGGCAAGAGCGAGUCAAAGUGUACAACACCCACUGAGCCCGUGUGGCCACGUGUUCGUCGUCAUUGACGUAGCCGUGUUGGAUUCGCCCUCACGGGCGCAACGAAUGGCGGUUUUGCGAGUUUCUUUGCGGAAGCGAGGCUGAAGAAGAAGGGCGGGAAAGAAGAGGGGAGGAAAACGCGGAAUUGGGACGAUAGGCUGAACAGGGAAACCAUUCUUCAAUUGGUGUGUAGAUGGACGUGGCGGUAAGGAGUUAGGGGACUUGGUGUGUUGGGCGAAGUUUAGGAAGACGGUAGAGACGGACGGAUGGGAUAGCAAGGAAUGAAUUUGAGGUACUGACGCAUAUUCUCGCUUUUGUAGGUUACACACACACACACACACACAUACACACACACACACACACACACACACACACACACACACACACAGAGAGAGAGAGAGAGAGAGAGAGAGAGAGANACACACACACACACACACACACAGAGAGAGAGAGAGAGAGAGAGAGAGAGAGAGAGAGAGAGAGAGAGAGAGAGAGAGAGAGAGAGAGAGAGACGCAGCUUCAGUUGUAGUGUAGGUAUUUUUUGGGACGGAGCCAAGGGAAUUGUUGAGGGUUGGGCUUGGGGAAGUAGUGGGUGGGAAGAAGGGGGGGAGGGGCAUUGGAAGUACGAGAGUAGGGAGUGAGUGAGUGAGGGAGGGGGCGGCGCAGGGUUGCUGUGGAAGCUUUACCUCGCCGCGCCUCGCCCGUGGCUCGACUUACAUCAUGUUGACGAAGUUCGAGACGAAAAGCAAUAGGGUGAAAGGACUCAGCUUUCACCCUAAAAGACCAUGGAUAUUGGCAAGCCUUCACAGCGGCAUCAUCCAACUAUGGGAUUAUCGAAUGGGAACCCUGAUUGACCGCUUUGACGAGCAUGAUGGACCAGUUAGGGGGGUUCAUUUCCACAAGUCGCAACCUCUGUUCGUCUCUGGAGGCGAUGAUUACAAGAUCAAGGUUUGGAACUACAAGCUCCGGCGGUGCUUGUUCACCCUCCUGGGACAUCUCGAUUAUAUCCGCACCGUCCAAUUUCAUCAGGAGUAUCCAUGGAUCGUCAGCGCCAGCGACGACCAGACCAUUCGCAUCUGGAACUGGCAAUCCCGCAACUGUAUUUCGGUGCUGACGGGUCACAACCACUACGUCAUGUGCGCUGCCUUCCAUAUCAAGGAGGACUUGGUCGUUUCCGCCUCCUUGGACCAGACGGUCCGCGUGUGGGACAUCUCUGCCCUCCGAAAGAAGACUGUAGCGCCAGCUGAAGACAUCUUGCGCUUGCCGCAGAUGAACACGGAUCUAUUCGGCGGCGGGGAUGCUGUCGUGAAAUACGUGCUGGAGGGUCACGACCGGGGUGUCAAUUGGGCAGCCUUCCACCCUACCCUCCCUCUGAUUGUCUCUGGAGCAGACGACCGACAGGUUAAACUAUGGAGGAUGAACGAUACGAAGGCAUGGGAGGUGGACACGCUUCGUGGGCAUGUCAACAACGUGUCCUGCGUGAUGUUCCACGCUCGACAAGACAUCAUUGUCUCCAACUCGGAAGACAAGAGCAUACGAGUGUGGGACAUGUCCAAACGAAUUGGUGUGCAGACAUUCAGGAGAGAACACGACAGGUUCUGGAUUCUAGCCGCCCAUCCGGAGAUGAACCUUCUUGCGGCAGGCCAUGACAGCGGUAUGAUUGUCUUCAAGCUGGAACGGGAAAGACCUGCCUAUGCAGUGCAUGGGGGAACCUUGUACUACAUCAAGGACAGGUACCUUCGCACAUACGAUUACAGCUCCGGGAGAGACAAUCCGUUGAUCUCUAUUCGCCGGACAGGAUCAAGUGGAAUGAAUCAAGGGCCUCGGUCCCUGUCAUAUAAUCCUGCUGAGAAUGCGGUUUUGGUCUGUUCGGAUGUGGAAGGAGGGUCGUAUGAGCUCUACGUAAUUCCCAAGGAUUCUUCUGGGAGGAGCGACAGCCAGGAGGGAAAGCGAUCGAUGGGCGCAUCUGCGGUGUUUGUUGCGAGGAAUCGGUUUGCGGUGCUUGACAAGGUCCAUAAUCAGAUCCUGAUCAAGAACCUCAGGAACGAGGUGACGAAGAAGUGCCCAGCUCCGUGUCCAACUACAGAUGCCAUUUUCUAUGCUGGGACAGGCAGCCUGCUGUGCCGCUCUGACGAUCGGAUUGUCCUGUUUGAUGUUCAGCAGCGGAUUGCUGUUGGUGAACUCAGCACGCCUUUUGUCAAGUAUGUGGUGUGGUCCGGCGACAUGAACCACGUGGCGCUUCUGAGCAAGCAUUCUGUCAUCAUUGCAUCAAAGAAGCUGGUUCAGAAGUGCACAAUACAUGAGACCAUCAGGGUCAAGAGUGGGGCCUGGGACGACAGUGGAGUGUUUGUGUAUACAACGCUCAAUCACAUCAAGUACUGCCUGCCGAACGGAGAUAGUGGAAUCAUCCGCACUCUGGAUGUUCCGGUGUACGUGACGCGAGUGUCCGGAAAUUCUGUCUUCUGCUUGGAUCGCGAUGGCAAGAACAGAGUGAUUCAGAUAGAUUGCACGGAGUAUACUUUCAAGCUUGCACUUCUUCAGAAGAAGUACGAUGACGUCUUGCAGAUGAUCAGGAGCUCCCAACUCUGCGGCCAGUCGAUUAUUGCCUACUUGCAACAGAAAGGUUUCCCGGAGGUUGCCCUGCACUUUGUGAAAGAUGAACGCACUCGAUUCAAUCUUGCCAUCGACUGCGGGAACAUCGAGGUUGCGCUUGCUUCUGCGCAUGAAAUUGAUGAGAAGGACUAUUGGUACCGGCUUGGAGUGGAGGCUCUGCGGCAGGGCAACCACCAGAUUGUGGAGUUCUCGUAUCAGAAGACAAAGAACUACGAGCGGUUGUCUUUCUUGUACCUCAUUACUGGAAACCUGGAGAAGCUGAGGAAGAUGCUGAAGAUUGCAGAGAUGAGGAACGACGUCAUGGGGCGUUUCCACAAUGCGCUGUACUUGGGUGACGUUGCUGAAAGAGUUCGGAUUCUUGAGGAGGCCGGGCAUCUUCCUCUUGCAUAUCUGACAGCCGCUGUGCAUGGUCUCAAGGACGUAGCGGAGAGGAUUGCGGCGGAUCUAGGAGAGCACACCCCUCCCCUGCCCGAGGAUAUCGAUUCUGCAAAGUUACUUCUGCCCCCCGCACCAAUUUUGAGGGAGGAAAACUGGCCUCUACUGAAUGUGACGAAGGGCUUCUUUGAUGGCUCGCUGGCGGAGACGCAGGUGCCCGAGGAAGAGGAGGCAGCUGGACCCGGAUGGGGAGAAGUCGACCUCCCUGAUGUUGUGGUUGGGGAGAAUGGUGAAGUUGUCAAUCAGCCAGAGCAGACUGGUAAUGAGGAGGAAGGAGCCGAGGAUGAUGAAGGUGGGUGGGGCAACAUGAAUGACCUGGACAUUCCCGCUGAUGUUGCGGAUGACAGUGCAGCCGAUGCUGGAGCACCUGGGACAUUCUUUGUCACGCCCUCGCCUGGGGUUCCCUCUACCCAGAGAUGGACUCAGAAAUCGGCCUUGGCUGCUGAGCAUGUCGCAGCGGGCUCAUUUGAGACGGCCAUGCGGUUACUCAGCCGCCAGUUGGGCGUCAAGAACUUUGUUCCUCUCAGGGAGCUGAUGAUGAAUCUUCACCUGGCUAGCCAUGCAGUCUUGCCAGGCGUGUCCCUCGUUCCUGGAAUGUCGUGUGGCCUUGAGAGAGGUUGGACUGAGUCGAGCCCACCGAACACGCCAGGACUGCCCGCUGUUAUGUACAAGCUGAGCUUGCUCGAGGAGAGGCUGAAGGUGGCCUACAAGAGCACAACUGACGGUAAAUUCACGGAGGCCUUGAAAGUGUUUUUGAGCAUCCUGCACACAAUUCCUCUUGUUGUGGUCGACAGCCGGAGGGAGGUGGAUGAGGUGAAAGAGCUGCUGGGAAUCGCGAGGGAGUAUGUCAAUGCGUUGAGAAUCGAAUUGAAGAGGAGAGAGCUUAGGGAUGAUCCGCAGAGGCAGAUGGAGCUCGCUGCGUACUUCACCCACUGCAACAUGCAGCCCACGCAUUUGAAGCUCAGUCUCCAGAGUGCGUUGCACGUCUGCUACAAACUGAAGAACUAUAACACAACUGCCACUUUCUGCCGACGUUUGCUGGAAUUGAAUCCUAUGCCCGCAGUUGCCAACAAUGCUAGAAAGGCAUUGCAGGUGUGCGAGAGAAAUCCCAAGGAUGAUAUACAAAUUAACUACGACCCAAGGAAUCCGUUUGUGGUCUGUGCAGAAACAUUCACGCCGAUCUACCGUGGCAGCAAAGAAGUCUCGUGCCCCUUCUGCGGCUCGAGGUUUGUUCCCGAGAUGGAUGGAAGAAUCUGCAGCACUUGCGAUCUUGCUGUCAUCGGAGCUGAUGCCUCUGGGCUAACUUGCUCACAAGCCCAGGUGCGGUAAGAGGAACGGAUUGAAGGAGUGGUUGAUUGUCGGACACAUGCAUGGUGGUUCUGGUGGCUCGGAACAUAUGGAUUUGGAAUGCUCCAGUGAUUAAUAAGUAGUCUAGCUUCGAUGAGAAGGAUACAUUUUGAGUGGGGGGCUUGGCAGGUGGGGGCGAAUUUGGGAGAACAGGAGUCGGUGAAGUACAAAGGCGAUGGAUGAUCCUGCUUCACUUCCAGAGGAUCUGGCAAUGAAUGCUGCUGCUCAGGACGCGGAUGGGAGCAGAAACGGGGAAGCCAAAUGUGCCGCUUUAUUCAUACGGACAUGAUAGUGAGCACAUCAUCAUAUAUACCAUCGGUGCAGAGUAGUCCUGCUGUUAGUAGGUAAGGGAAGGGGGGGGAGGUGGAGGUCACGUUGACUGAGGAGGGGAGGAAGCCAGUGUUUGGCAUUUGCCGCCGCGAUGUUUGUUAUUUCUUUAUAGUUUGUGUGGUUGGCCAUGCGUACUCAGGGAAGGAUGCCGCAGUGGAAGGGUUCAGGGAAGGAAGGACGGCAACUAGAACUGCUGGCAUUAGAGAGUGAGCAGGUAGACUGCUACCUAGGCAUCUGCACGAAGAGCAGUAGGGUCAGAGCAUCUGUGGAUGUGCAGUUUUUAAAGAGGGGGGUUGCAUCCAAUUUGCUUGUUGGUCAAUCUCAUGUCUUGCUAUGAAAUGACCACAAGUGGAGAUGCUCUCUGUAAUAAAGCAUGUCUCUAAGUGCUGCUGAAAUGACUUCUCCAUUCUUUUGUGAGGCUUUGGCUGCGACAGAUGGUUCGGACUGUCACAGGGUUGGGCAAACGCGGGGCAGCUGGUGGCAGCACAUGCAUCCUCUUGUGGCGUUUGUCUUCGACUGGAAACCGUUGUCCUGCGGACGUGUUGAGAGUUGGUGUCUUCUCCUGACUUUGGAAGAGUUUCCUGGCCGCCCUUCCGGAGCUCCGCCUUUCUACAAUGGUAGGGAUUUUGUUUGGUGCAUGCUCGUUCCAAUUGUGUGCAGGUUUCUUAUGUUCUGCGGGGCUGGUUGUCCGCUUGAAUAAGGGUCAAGGGGUAGGGUUGUGCCACAUGAUUUCAAGAGUGUUGUCUAUUGAAACAUGUGGCCUGUUCGACCUUGCUCACGUUGAUGGCCGCUAAGGGAGGGGGGGCCGACAAGGCCGAGAAUGUUCUUGGCGAGAACAACAUUUAUUGGUUAUCUGUCGCUGCUGGUGGUGGUGAAAGUCGUGGAAGUAUGAUGCCUUUAUCAGGUAAAUGUUUUUCUUUUCACAUGCGUUGCUUGGGGUGUUUCCUCUGUGAUAGUCAACUGGUGGUUUUGGUUUUUCUGUUCUCGUCUCUUCAAAGUGUAUUGCUUGUGAUCUUCCUCCUGUGCAGAAAGGAUGCCUGGGAGUUCUGACGUGUGUUGCUGCUGUUUGUCUAUGCAGACUCUGAGUCUCUCUCCAUGGUUGGUUGAGGAACAGCAGCUAUGGUCGUGGCACCAAUGCGCACAUACGCACUUGGCUGUCUGUUUUGGGUGCACCCUCUUCAUUU